AUGCAUCCCGACCUUAUCUUGGACCCCCAGCUUAAGUACUGGGUUCUCAUACCCAUUUCGGUAGUGAUGGCUGCAGUGGGGUUGUUACGAGGACAUGUGACCUAUUUAAUUCUGCCUACACCCAAACAACAAGAUUCCAAGGAGGUUCGACAGGGACAAUUUCUUAAACGGGCCCAAGCUUUUCGUAUGAAUAACCUGGUGCUUUCGCGUUCAGAAUUCAGCACCCGUCAACAGUACUACGCUGAUAAGCUUACAUCGCCAGAGUAUCUUGCAAAGGUAUCAGGUGUGGAUGAUGAUCCCAUGUCUCAAUUGACUGAUCCUGCAAAUAAUGAGGCAAUCACUAAUAUGCUUAAAGGCAAUUUGAUGAAUUACAUUCCUCAAACUCUCAUCAUGGCAUGGGUUAACUUUUUCUUUGCUGGGUUUGUGGUAAUGAAAUUGCCUUUUCCCCUCACGGAAGGGUUCAAGGGUAUGUUACAACAAGGAAUUAAUACUCCUAACCUAGAUGUGCGGUACGUUCUGGCAAUCUCGUGGUAUUUUGUCAAUUUAUUCGGCUUACGCCCGAUAUAUGCAUUAUUAACGGGUGACUCCACUCAGGCAAGUCAAUUAGUUGGUCAAAUGACUCAACAAACUCCCAUGCCCAACUUGGGAGGUCCCGGAUCAAACGUUCAACGAGUAUUCAACGGUGAGGCCGAGUCAAUUCAGAUCUUGUCGCAUAAAUUUGUCUUGGAUGAUGUGGUUGAGCGUUUGGUCGAUGAAUUGGCUGAUAGAUCGAACUUAUGA